UUUCUGGCUGCACCGAGCUGCCUUUGCUCUCACCGUCCCUUUAGUCUCGUCCCGUUGAAUCUAAACAUCAGGGGGAAAGAAGCACAUGAAUAAAGCGUGUUUUAUUUUUUCUCUCCUAUGCUUAUAUAUGAAGAGGAUGCAGUGGAAUGCUGCCAUUUGGGCUCCGGGUAAAGAAGCGUCUCUACUGUCACCCAACAGUAGCGCAUGAGAGAGGCUCGAGGACGGACUCCUCCCCACCCCCUUGACACUAUCAAGACAGCACUGAGAAAGGAUAGCUGCCUUUUUUUCGGCCAGUCUGCGAACGGAGCAAAGACAGCGUUACGAAAAAAGGACUAGACUACAACCGGGGGUUGCCUAUAUGGCUUUCCAAAGUUCCAUCUCUGAAAACGUGGACAUUGAAGGACACCAGCUAUAGGGGGACAUUGGACACCAGCUAUAGGGGGACAUUGGACACAUAUGGCUCGUUUUCCUUACUCAAUCUUGACACCGAUCCAGCUCAGCGCAUGACCGUACAGAGACGGCUGUAGUCUGUUAGAGGGGACUUCUAACAACUGUUUUAUCAAUAUUUGUUUGAUAUCCCUAUAUGUAUAUUUGUGUGAACAUAUUUUGUCUGGCCUAGGAGUAAUUUUUACGCAUACUGGAACCGUCAAAAACGGAUGUCCCAUUCACAUAUCAUACAACUGAACCAGACACUGAACCUGAAGAGAGAAGCACUAACCACAGUGACACUCGCAUUUGAUAACUUCACCUGCUACUGUCGUCAAAUUAAUUCCAAUUGACCAACGAGGCGUCAUCUCUGUUGCAGGUUGCGCUAUCAAAGCCUCUCGCACCUUGGGGUAGGAGACAGCGAUUUUCUGUUAUUGAAUUGUCUUGCCUAUUUCUGCCAUUCAUAAACUGCGACAGAGGACAGAAAAGGCACACAAAUGUAAACAAGACAAAGCAUCUCUCCUUCUGAAGUGUACCCUAAACUGACUGAUCCCGCAGUCACCCCGCAUCGAAGAGGAAUACGUGCCGAACUUUGCUGUAGUGAUGCUGCAAGUGGAGAUGGUGCUAUUCGUCUUUCUGGUGCUAUGGAUGUGUGUAUUCAGCCAGGAACCCAGCUCCAAGGUGGUGGCCGACCGCUAUGCCGUCUUCUGGAACCGAACCAACCCCAGGUUCCACCGUGGAGACUACCACAUUGACGUGUGUAUAAACGACUACCUGGACGUGUUCUGUCCCCACUAUGAAGACACGGUGCCGGAGGAGAGGACGGAGCGCUACGUCCUCUACAUGGUCAACUACGACGGCUACAGUACGUGUGACCACACCGCCAAGGGCUUCAAACGCUGGGAGUGUAACAGGCCUCACUCCCCCAACGGGCCGCUCAAGUUCUCCGAAAAGUUCCAGCUCUUCACCCCCUUCUCUCUGGGCUUCGAGUUCAGACCAGGCAGAGAGUACUACUACAUCUCCUCCACCAUCGCUGAGAACGGAAGAAGAACAUGCCUGAAACUCAAAGUUUUCGUCCGACCAUCAAACAACUGCGUGAAAACUAUAGGCGUACAUGACCGUGUUUUUGACGUUAACGACAAAGUAGACAAUUCAUUAGAACCCCGAGAUGAUACGAGUCACGAGUCGGCCGAACCUUCCAGGAGCGACGGCACAAAUGCAGCGUCACACUCGCGGAUAGCCAGACCACUUCUGGCUGCACUGCUAAUCUGCCUAGCAACACUCUUCACCUUAUAGCGCCUCCCCCUGUCCUGGACGGGAAUUAUACCCUGUGAGGCCUGAAUCUGCCCAGUGCUGAGGCUGGGGCUAGGGUGGGAGAAUUGAGGGGGGG